ACAGUUUUGGGUGGUGUUUAUUUUGGUGUAACACAAGUUUGUGGCUGUGUGUCCCCACGUUCUGGAACCAAACUUACCUCAUUCAUUCAUUUUCUACCACUUUUCCUCAUUGAAGCAAUAUGUUUUAUCGUGCAGACAGACGUGAUGUCAGAUAAACGUCAGCGUGCCAGAGUCCAGGGCUCCUGGGCCAAACCACUGCCCAAACAACCAAGAUCAGCAGGUGUUGUUCCGAAACCAGAGAGUUCCAAAGGUGCCAUUCCGGCUCCUGCUUCUUGGGGAAUUCGUCCGCAGACAACAUCUGGAAAUUUUGAGUUUCACCAGCCCAGUAAGCCAAAUAGAGAAGUUCCACCUGAGAAAGUUAUCGACCAGGCAGGAGAUUAUGAGAUCAGCCAUGGACCAUCGGGAGUCUCCAGACUGCGACUACUGCCAGGUUUUCUUCCCGCCCAGGAGGCAGACUGGAUGUUCAGUAAGCUGCUGGCAGAGCUUCCCUGGUCCCAGAAGACCAACAUCAGACAAGGUGAAGCCUACAUGGAACCAAGGCUGACGUGUUGGUUUGGAGAGCUGCCAUACACGUACGCUCGCUCCACCAUGGCUGCCAACACAAAGUGGCAUCCAUUGCUGUUAACCCUUUGUGAAGCCAUCGCCAAGAUAAGCGGCCACCACUUCAACUCACUGCUGUGCAACUUGUAUCGUGACGGCCACGACAGCAUCGGCUGGCACAGCGACAAUGAGGCUUCGCUGGGUGCCAAGCCCACCAUCGCCUCUCUGAGUCUGGGUGACACCAGAGUGUUCAGCCUCCGCAAGCAGCCGCCUCCGGAAGAGAAUGGUGACUACACCUAUGUGGAGCGGAUUAGGGUUCCUCUGGAUCACGGCACACUGCUCUUGAUGGAAGGAGCCACGCAGGAUGAUUGGCAGCAUCAGGUGGCUAAAGAGUACCAUGACCGAGGCCCUCGCAUCAACUUGACCUUCAGAAGUAUCCACCCUGAGCCAGAGGGCCAACGGCCGGGCACCAAGCUGCAAUUCACCUCAAAGCUGCAAUGAACUGCCAACCUUGAGGUAAACCUUAUGAUGACAGACGACAGAUUUACUUUGCUCUGUUUCCUCACUGAACUGUGAACACAACACUGGCUGUUUUAUAAACAACAGAUGGCUGAAGACAAAGUUUUGGAGGUGGAAUGCAGGUGUCAUUUUGUGCCACGCGUUUACCUAAAACAAUUUUGCUAAUAUUUGAUAAGUCUUGAGUUUGUGUAAAAGUUCUACAUGGUUAACAAAGUGGUAAUGAUAUAAAAUAGCAACUGUGUGUUGUGUUUGCACAAUAGAGUUGCAUUUGUUCCCGAAGAGCUGAGGUGUUAAGGAACCAUUGUUGUAACUGUACACUAAGAAAUGUGAUAGCAAUUGUUGUUUGAUUGUAGAAGCCCUGUUUUCACCAAGCAAUAAAGUUUGGUACAUACUGUAAGCAUUUUAGACCCGAGUUCAAUUCCACCCUCGGCCAUCUCUGUGUGGAGUUUGCAUGUUCUCCCCAUGCAUGCGUGGGUUUUCUCCGGGUACUCCGGUUUCCUCCCACAUUCCAAAAACAUGCUAGGUUGGCUGAAUUCUACAAAUAUUAAAUUCCUCCACAGCGUUGUAAGAACUCAUUGCACGUUAUUGCAAACACUUGAUUGUAGUUGUUGUUGGUUUGGAUUUUUUUCAUCCCUUAAUAUUUCAAAAAUCUUUGCACUUAAAAAAAACAUUUUGUGUUCAGUUGUAUCUCUGUGUGGAGUUUGCAAGUUCUCCCCGUGCAUGCGUGGGUUUUCUCCGGGUACUCCGGUUCCCUCCCACAUUCCGAAAACAUGCUAGGUUAAUUGGUGACUCCAAAUUGUCCAUAGGUAUGAAUGUGAGUGUGAAUGGUUGUUUGUCUAUAUGUGCCCUGUGAUUGGCUGGCAACCAGUCCAGGGUGUACCCCGCCUCUUGCCUGAAGACAUCUGGGAUAGGCUCCAGCACCCCCGCGACCUUUUUGGAGUCGCCAAUUAAUCUAGCAUGUUUUUGGAAUGUGGGAAGAAACCAGAGUACCCGGAGAAAACCCACGCACAGGGAGAACAUGCAAACACGAAAAGGUAUACAUCACCAUAUAUUUUUUUGGAAUAUACGUAUGUAGUAAUUUAGAAUAGACCCAUAUUACAGAUUGAUACAGAGAUUACAUAGGAAAUCCAAACACAGGAUUUCCAUUGAGGUUACCUGACUUGAAAAUAAGACUCUCCAGGGAUAUUUUGUGCAGCAGGUUGACUUUUUUUUGUGAAGUUUGAGGAUUGUCAAGGUAAUGAGUUAAUGAGGAGGUGCACCAGCCUCUCUACAGUAAUUGUUGCCACGCUUUUUGUCAGUGGAGGUAAAAGUGAAAAACCCUGCAGUUCCUCUAAUGGCUCCUUCAUGUCGGGGUCACCAGUGGUUGGGACAUUUUGUGCUGAAAAAGAACACAACACAACCAAUGAGUGUGAAAUAUUGAACACAGACAGAACCUUCUUGUUUUUAAGGCCAGUUCUUAUACCUGCUUACAUUAGGCUUCUGUUGUGAUCCACAAUAGCAGCUUCAAGAAUCACUUAUUGGAACUGAGGCCAAGUCAUCAAGCAAUGUCAGCUGCUCAAAACAGUGUACUGAUUUUAUUCUAGUAGGCAUUUUUGUGAUGCAAAUAUCUGAUGCUUUUGAAUGCAUAUUGUUUUCAGAAGCCAAACUCUUUACUUAACUGUCUCCAGCAACUUGCUGGAACUACUUUCCUCAGCACUGUAAUCCAACCAGAACUUGGCUCAGGACUCAAAGUAGGGAGUGAGUCGCUGUUGACCGACUUCAUUGCUUAUGGGGGUGUCAUGCAAGUUCAUAUCAAAAAAUCCAACCAAUCCUUUUAAAGCUUAACAAAGUGUUAACAAAUCCCCCAGACAGUCAGGAAGUUUCCCCACAGACAAAUAAAUAGGUCGUCUUCCUUGGUGGAGGUAAUAGACUCCCAGUAUCAGCAGUACUUUACUGGAAAGAACCUGCUUCUGUUUUGGGCAAAGCAGCUCAGAGUGAAGCAAACAAGCUUCCCAGCCGCGAAGCACAUCCCUCCAUAAGCCAUCAGCUGCUGCAUGAGCUGGAAAAGCUUCCAUUUACCGGAGUUCCUCCUGGCUCCCUCCAGGGCCAAAUUAGUGUUUAAUCCAGCCAUGUUGCUGCCUGGAGGUGUCUCACUGAGCUGGGGCCAACCGUGGGAGUGCAGUUGUUACAUAAUGUUAUCAUUAGGUAGGAAGAUUCAAUACAUUUGUUGAACUUUAAUUGGGGAGUCAUUGGUUAGGAUAAUGAGACGAUCAUGUAGAAUACUAUAUCUCUUUUAUGGGAGUUCCAUGUAAACAGGCUGAUAUAAUAGGUUGUAAACAAACCACAUGCAUGCACACAAACAUAGUACAGACAGUAAAUGUGUCUGAGUUAUGUGCUGCGUGAAAUCACGCUGUGAUUUGCUGGGAAGUUGCUCUGAGAACGAGCUGACCGAUUGGACUGGCCCAAACCCCAAACACCACCCCCGUCCCUUUUCAUUCCCUAUUUCUCCUCCUCCUGUUCUUGCCCCUCUGUGUCCCAUCAUCAUCAUCAUCAUCUUUUCUCCUCUUCUGUGCAGCUUGUUGGCCAAGUAUACCGUGUAAACUGUGUACUUAGUUCCUGAGUGCACCAAUUUUGACAGUGUGGUACUGUCCCAAAUCUAUUCCCGUUGUAGCGCAUUUACCACAAAUAACAAUUGCUCUAUACUAUAUACCAGGGGUCUCAAACUCAAUUUAUUUGGGGGCCACUGGAGCUCGGGUCUGGGUGAGACUGGGCCGCAUCAGGUUUAAAAAAAAAAAAAAAAAAAAAAAAAAAAAAAAAAAAAAAAAAAAAAAAAAAAAAAAAAAAAACGCAUUUAUUAAAAACAAUUUUUUUUUUUAAAACGUCGCUUUGGUUCCAAUUUUAUACAAGAAAAGCUCUGAUAAAACAUUCCACAGUUCUCAAAUAUCUUACUUUUUAUUUUUCUACACAAAAUAAGAUGAAAAAUAAAUAAACAAAUCAAGAAUAAAGAAAAUCAAUCAAUCAGUAAUAAAUAAAUAAAUAUAAUAAUAAUAAUAAUAAAACAGCAAAUAAUAAAAACUUAGGAAACCACAUAUAGUUGGUGAGUAGACAAAUUAUUUUUUUCAGAUUAAAAUUAACAAAGCAUUAUUAGAGCCCUGUAGACAUGACAAAACACGACUAUAGUCACAUUUAUACUCUUUUUAUUUACAACAUAUUGCGCAACUGCACACAUGCUAACUCGCAAACUAGAGAGCUAGCGACCUAAACGGUAGCCUUCAAGUUAUUUCCUUUAAACUUAAAUAGCCAAAAACUUACCACUUCCACACGGAUAGGGAGGAUAACUAUUAACAGUUAUUUAACCUUUAACAUGAACAUUAAUCAAACGUAAUAAUUUUUUCUGGGUACAUGAUACCAUACAGCAUCCAUAUCAAACUUGCACGGGCCGCACUAACAUUAAACUUUCAUAUCAAGACGGGGGCCUCAAACUAGUGUCCUGCGGGCCACAUUUGGCCCACGGGCCGCGUGUUUGAGACCCCUGCUAUAUACCUUCAUCUUCUCUCCUUUUAAUAGUGAAUUGCAACCACUCAAGGGAGCAUUAUCACCAAUAUAUGGAUCGGCCCAUAGAAUAUUUUUCCCAUUCUCCCUUGUACCACAAUUAAACAUGAAUAUUUUAUUAUAUAUUUAGCCAAGAUGGCAACUAUUGAGUGUGGUAAAUAUCCAGCACCGUUCUGAAUGCAACAUGACACAACCUAAACACACUUAUGCCAUCAAAUAAGCACAGAAGUGUAGUAAUUGAAACACAGCACCAGGGGUAUCCUGGGCAGCUAAGAUAGCCAUCAGCUAAGCCAGGCAUGUCCUCAAUGCUUUGUUAUGCUACAGUGCUGGCGCAAAUGACGCUGGCUCGCUUCUCUGGCAGAGCUUGACGAGCACCUCCAAAAAAAUUCAAACCUUGUCUACCUUGACAAACAUCAUAUCCUCGGUUUUUGGUGCAACAUUUACAAUAAAAGUGGUGUGUUUUGCCACGGAAUUGCUAGUCACUAACAAAGCUGACAAAGCAAAAUAUAGUAAUGCCUUGUUUAUUGCCCUGAAUGGGUUCAGACCCGACCAUGGCAAGUUUGUUUCCACAAGGGUUCCCGAUCUAUAUAUGCAAUAUUUUCAUAGUUGCACCAUAGAAAACAUGUUUAAAUAUUGUUUGUAAUAUUAUUAGAGCUAUUACUAGACCUCUAGACAUGAAAUAACAACUUUACACUCAUAUUACCCAAUAUAGUAGACAUAACAAGUGAAAGUAAGGCAUUUUAGGCAUAAAUAAGACGUGUCAACAUUGGGAGAGUUUCUUGUCCGUUUUAUUUUGGGUUUCUGUACAUUGUCUCAUCAAUGUAAUGUUACUGACACCCAUUCAAUGUCUUUGAAUGCGUCUUCUGAAUGCCUUAUAUUUUUAUUCAUUUAUUUAUUUUUUGCUAAAUAUGCAUAUUUGUGACUAAUCAUAGGCCAUAUUAAGAUAUUUUGGAAAAACUGAUGGUGAGGGAUUAUUGUAGUGUAAUAUCUAAUAAAAUAUCUCAUUGUGAAUUAGUUUUAUUAGUUUAGUAUUAGUUUUCACUGCUGUUUCCCAGAUUGUCAGGUCUUUGAUGAAGAUGAACGGGAAAUGUUUUUUUUGCGGUGAGCUCAAUGCAAUGUAACUUCUGAAUAACCUCAACCAAUUUGUGUUUAAAAGCAGCAUCACCCUGCAUUGAAUGUGUAAGUGUAUUUUAAGGGUGCCCCUUUCUAAUUUUGGAAUAACGGACAAGAUGACCUCAGUCAGUGUUUGUGACAUCCACCCCCUGCCUGCCUUGGGAAAGCCAGCUGCCACUCAUGUCAUGUAACACGCCUUAAGGCAUGUUGAGGACAUUUAGCAGGGAAAGACUGGGUUGGAUUUGUUACUCUUAAGAGUCAAGUCAACAAGCACAGCCUUCCUGCCUGUGCACACCUUGAUAUAUUUUACAAUUAAAUUCAACUUAACACAGUGGAAAAAUCAACAUAUGAAAUACAGUAGUGUGCCUCCCUUAUUUGCCCCCCUUCCUGAUUUCUUGUUUGCAUGUUUGUUGCACUGAAAUGUUUCAAAUGAUCAAACAAAUUUAAAUAUUAGUCAAUGACAACACAACUGAACAUUCAUUCAUUUUCUACCGCUUAUCCUCACAAGGGUCGUGGGGGUGCUGGAGCCUAUCCCAGCUGUCUUCGGGCGAGAGGCGGGGUACACCCUGGACUGGUGGCCAGCCAAUCACAGGGCACAUAUAGACAAACAACCAUUCA